CCCUGCCCUCGAGACACAGUCGCUAGGGACGCCUGGGCUGCGGUAGCCAAAAUGGACCAGGAGGAGACGCUGACCGCGCUGGACAACAUAGUCACCCAGUACAACACCUAUGAGGACUUCCUGGACUCGCAGAUCACCACCGUGGACUUGUACUACCUGGAGGAUGAAAGUCUGGCACGUCAGCUGGUGGAGCUUGGCUACCGAGGGAUUGGCGAGGUGGUGAAAAGAGAUGAUUUCGACUCAAGGAAGGCAUCUAUAGAGAUUGCAAGACUGGCUGAAAGAACUCAGAAAAAGUCAUUAACAAGUGCCGGUAAAGACUUGAAGGAUGAUUUUCUGAAGGCUUUGGCAGUGAGAGAAGAAGACAACCGCAGUGGAAGAGUGAGCUCCGUGAUCUUUAUUCGUGACAGAAAUUCUCAUGGGCAAGAGGUAUCAGGAUAUAUUGACUAUUGCCACAGACUAAAGAAUGAAGAUUUUGAACUCUAUUUUAGUGGUAAAAAAAGACUUCUUCCAAAACCAUCAGAUUUGAGCUUUUACAACUGGGAAAGUCAUAUUGCUGUUUGGAAUUCAACUCCGAAUUACCAAGUGAUUGCUGACAAUCCAGAAGGCUUACUUUUCAAAUACAAAAGAGAUAGAAAAAUUCUCAAUGUCGACCCAAAAGCUCAUCCAGGAGACAAUUCUACUAGAACCUCUAUCCAGACAGGACUCUACAUACAAGCUGUCAUUUUUGACCACAUUUCUAGAAGAAAGACCUAACAACAAACUUGUUAAUUGGCAUCCUGAUUGGUUAAAUUAAAUAAAUCAUAUAGGCAGAAGCAAACAAGAAUGUAGCUAGAAGGCAUUUAAUAGUGAUAAACAUUAAUAAAAAUUAGAAAAGAAA